AUGCUUCCUUUGGAUUCCAGUGAUUUACCGUGUGUCCCCGAAAACAUGCCAUUGGAUGGAAUCAGUUUGGCUGCUAAAUGUAUCUGCCAUAUUAAUGUUUCUGAUAUUGUAGCUGCUUUGGUCUACACAGUAGAGGUUAAGUCAAAUGGGAAAUCUCUAAAGAAUUCAACUGCCCGUCUUUCACAAAAAGGUAACACUCAGAUUUUAUUUUAACGCUGUCCAUCAGCUGUUCCACCUAAAUUGCUGUUAUCUGGCCAACUGCUGCUCAACCUAACUUACCUGCUGCUAUGAUUGCUCUAUGUGAACCUCCAGCUUCAAGCAAGCUAAGUUGAGCAGCAGUUGGUCAGAUAUUAGUAGAAUCAGACCCAACAUGGAUGCUCAGCCCGACAAAAUAAAAAAGAAAUUCUAAAAAAAAUAUAUAUUUCAUUAAAUGUAAUACACUUAAAAAAAAAAAAAGUGAAAUAUUGUCCUUUAAAAUUAAACUGGUCUGCUGGAGCAAAUCCUGGUGUCAGGAUAGUGGUCUGGUGAUAAGUGGGAGUCUUCAGCAUGAGUGGAUAAGUCAGGUUCUGGAGCAGGGUAACCGCACGCCCCCUGGUGUUGAGCACCAGCAUUUGUGCGGCCACAUACCAAAACCCUGAAGCAGCUACAGCGGAUCCCAGGAACAAGGAGCAGGAAUUAAGCAGACCUCCCAGAGCUGAAUAAGGAGGCUCUGCAGCAAGAAUGGAUCCAGUACAGAAACCAGGAAAGGCUAGUCACCAAACAUGAAAACAAGACAGAACUAAUAGAACCCAGAACUAGAGAAGGACAGUAAGCUAAACCCAGAACAUGUACACAAGACAUGAGGGAAACAUGAACAUAACAUGGGCAGGACUGUACAUGGACUGGGAAUACAAACUAAAACAAGACAUAUGAGAAGGAGAAAUAACUAAGCACUAUAUAUGAAAAGCAUGGGAAUUUAGUUACAGUAUAUGAUCAUACAUUGCAUAAGCCUGCCACAAUGCCAAUGUACCCCAUAUCUGGUAGGUCCUACUCUGCCUAAUGUAUGCUAAACCAACCAACCAAAAAAAAACCACACAUAGUACUUACCUGCAAGAAAGGGCAGAAGAAUUGAGCAGCUGCCUUCAGGACACUGAAACAAAAGGAAAGAUGGAAAACAAACGGGUGUGGCAACAUAAAACAAACAUUUAAAUGAAUCCAAGAGACUGUGAAAUCCAGGGACAUAAUAUAGGAAUGAACCCAGAAAAACCCAGCAUAAAGAAAAUUAGACAUAGAAUAGAAAACCAAAAAACCAAGAAAAACUAAACAAGAAUUGUAAAAAGAGUACUGGAUACCAGAAGCCAUAGCCAGAAUGAUCCGCAGCUAGGAACAGGAUGUGACACAUGGUCAGAGCCAUCCAGAACGUGAGACCUCCUCAGUUGAGUUGAUUAGCUGCCACAAAUGAACUGCAGACAAGAGAAAAGGGACAGUGGUUGAACAGUAUAGGAUGACAGAAUCUUCUGAAAUUAUUAAAACUAUUUUAGUAAAAUGACCAAAACAAAGGAUAGACUUUUUAUAAAAUUUAAUACAAUGGUGUGUUUCUUUCGUUUGAAGACAAAACCACCAUUAAUUUCUCUAAACAUUAUAUCAUUUGACUCAACAUUAUUCUGUAACAAUGGACUUGCUGCCUCACCACUGUAAUAAUUACACAGUUACAUUUUUCUUUUAUAUACUCAUAGUGAAACCAAGAGCUCCUACCAACGUGACUGUUGAUCUCAGUGAAUUAGACACUGUAAUAAUAUGGUGGGACCCUGGAUAUUCAGAGGAAAACUACCUGUACAAUAUGCUGUUCUUCUCUAUUCAAAUAACCUGCAAGAGUGAUCCAACACAGGUAAAUGUGUGUACACUUGUUUAACUCAUUAUUCAAUGGAGAUAUAACUAUUUUAAUAGCGUACAGAAACACACAGAGAAUGGGAAUAGAGGUGACAACUUGCCUUAUGGAUAGUUAGAUUCCCAAAAAUAUCACAGAUGGGUUAUAGCUCACUUGUGCUUGAAGUUAAACUAUUAAAUAUAAACCCUCAACAUCGAAAGGCCGUAUUGAGACAGUAAGAGAUACAGGAUUAGUCAAAAACCCCAAACCUCAAUAUAUGUGGACAAUAGUCUGGAAAUAUAUAGAGGCACUACAUGGGAGUAAGUUAACAGUCUAGCAUUUUGUAAUAUCAGCUCACCUCUAGUAUCACACUAAAUAAACAUUAGAUAUGUGAGGAAACCACUUUUUCUGACAAUAUGAUUUUUUUUCGGGACAGCCAAAUUAUGUUCAUAUGUCACUGUGGCUCAGCAAAAUUUCAAAAACCAAAUCAAGAGAACAAAAGAAGAGGGUGUGAAAAGGGGCCAAUCAGUGUGCUGCAAAAUAUAUAGAUUAUAUAAUAUUAUGUAUAUAUUUUACAGUACGCUGAUAGGAGCAUUUUCCUACCAUUUAGUUCACACAUCAAGUGAGAAAAAUUAAACAGAGAGAACAGGAGGAGCAGAAAAAAAAGCUAUAUUUAUAUAUUAUAUAUUUAUUAAACAUAUAAUAUGGAAAUAUAGAUUGUUUUACUGCGCUUCUAUGUUUCCAUCUAUUACACAUUAUUAAAUAAAAUAAACAUUUAGUGACUGUCCCCUAGCCAUCAUCUUUUUUUCCCAUCAAUGAUCUUUUUAUGACACGACGAGCUGAAUUCAAAAUCACAACCCUGAACCAAGCAUGAUCGGUAUUGCAUGGCUCAGUAGGUUCAUGAUUCAGGCACGUUUUGGGUCAGAGUUCGUGAAUUCAACCUAUCCCCAGAUUAGCCCAAAUUAGGCCGAAUUUCAGUUUGGCCCAAAACAAAUCUCCAAGGUCUAAUAGCCAUGAUGUUCUAGGAAGUGUUACAGCAGACUUUAUGAGAAGUUCUUCCAUGAGAAGGCAAGCAUGAGUGUAUAUAUAUUAAAAAUAUCGGCUUGGUAACAAGUGGUGCUUAUAGCACUAAACAGAUUGCUGCAUUCUAAUUUGAUGCAUUUAUCUUUUCAGGUUAGAAAUAUUACCCUCAAACAAAUAGAGGCAUACUAUACAAUGAAUAAAAGACAAUUGAAUAGAAGGUACGAUUACAUGGUUAAAGUUCGAUCCAAAGCCAACAAAGGCUAUAACGGGGUCUGGAGUGAUUGGAGCUCCGCAGCUGAGUGGCACAAUGGUAAGAUCUUAAAAAUUGGUUAGCUAGAGACAAAGGCUGUAUUUAUAGAGUAAUUCUAGAGCAGAGUUCUAAAAAUGUUGCAAUCAUAGCAAUAUAGUUUUAAAAAACUCUGAUAUCCAUCAAGGUCAUCAUUUUAUAUAUUUCGGUUUAUUAUGUCGAUCCUGAAGAUGAAAGAGAACCAAUUUCUAAUUGUUCCACAAUAAGGAAAAACAUCCCUUCUUGGUUCCAUAGGCAAACUAAGUCAUAUGUGAUGAUACCACAUAUAUUAACUAUUAGAUUUAAAAAAAAAAUACAUUCAGUCCUUUUAAAUAAUGUCUACAGAAUCUGAUAAAAACAAAUCCUGGAAGCAAAGAAUUUCAAUUUAUUUUUGUUCUUUCUGUAACUAAUUCCAUAGUCAAAUCUCCCUUUUCGAGAUUCACUGAAUGCUCACUGUUUGUACAGUCCUGUUAAUGAAUAGGUCUCCAGAGACCCAUGUUUACUAAGCCAGGUAACGAAAUGAUAUUUUCAGCAUAUUAAUGACCAUUUUAUACUAGCUAGCCUUUGCAGUUGCUGACUGACAUAGCACAUGGUUUUUGUUUUUAUAAAUCAAUAUCUUAAAACUAUCAUACAUAGUUAGACAACGAGAGUGAGAACAAGUCAUACAAUGACACAUAAGAUCAAAUGUGCUGUGUUCUUAUACAUUUGUCUUAAACCAGAGAGUUUCCAGUAUUCCACAAUCAGUUAUGGUCAUCCUCGUCUCCAGAGCUGUUAAUGGUUGUGCUCAUCUCUUGUAUAUAAUUUGCUAAAUAUUUGUGGUUGUUUGACCAUUUGGAAACCCACUCAUCCCUGCGUAAUUGGGGUCAUCUCAUGUGCAAUAUACAUCAUGUUUACUCUAGAGUCUAAACAAUGUAUCUACAAAUCCUUAUUAGCUUUCAGUAACCAAAACGUUAAUACGCUCAGUCAGAAGAAGAUUGCACAUGGGACUUCAAACCCUCCCGAUUGCUCAGUAUUUAUUACUCCCUCCCUUUAAGAAAACGGAGAAAUCCAACAAGAUUUGGAAAUUAGUGAGAGAAUUAAUGAGUGAGAUGAGUGACAGAAUUGGGUGGCCCCUUUCCCCCACGCUCCUUGCCAAAUUAGCCUCUUCGGGUAGUUGCUCCUGUUGAACAUAGCACAUUGUUGCCCAGUCUUUUGUCUGUAUCUGUUCCCAUUUAACCAUAUCCACCUUAAUAAAAUGGUCCAAUUUUGUAAAUUUGAUUAUAACUUUUUUUUUUUUUUUUAAUGGGAUUGGAUUAAGUACAUUAAUUAUAAAUGACUUUAAUAUUGUAGCAAUAUAUUCCAAGUGUUCACAAUGUCCCUCUAAGAUCUUUAUUACGUAGCAGCCUUGUUUGGUUUUACUGCUUUAUUACAUCAUUAUAGCAGUAAUAUUUACUAUAUUACUUUGCAUGUCCACGAGAAGUACCAAAAAUUCAGGUCUUAUAAUUUCGAUAAUUUGAACAAAGCGCAAAACAUUGACAGGAGAUAUGCAUUUUAGGACAAAUUAGUCAGAUUGGAAACAUUCUCCCCAUCUAUUUUUCCAGAUCAGCUCUAUUGGCCGAUAACUUGCUAUCCCUAAUCAGUUCAGCACAACUAGUAAAUAAUCUUUUAAAUAUAUCUCAGUUGUGGAGAACUGCAAACUGUAGAAUAAUAUAGCUAACGAGGAAUGACAGCUGUCUUUGAACAUUUUAGGUCAUCUGUUUUGCACUUAAAUGUACAAUAGUCUACUGAAUUCUUUACAGUUCUCAGUUUAAUGGAUAGACACAAAUGUCUUAUUAUCAUGCAUCUGUUAAGCACUCACUGUGUCUGAAAUGUAAUUAGCAUUGCUAAUCAUCAAUUAACAGUUUACUAAUUGACUUCUAUUAUGUUAAAUAUGAAAACAUCUACUUGCAUUGCAUAUAAAUUAAUUGUCUGAUUUCUUGAAUAUACAGAUGGAGAGAAUUGUUAUGUGAAUGUGUAAAUUAAGCUUUGCCUGCAAAAGAUAACUUUCCUUUUCAUAGAUUAGAUGGACAAAAAAUUACAUCUUCACUGAAUUCCCUUGUUGGUGUUGGCGAGAUCUGUAAAAAUAAAUAAAUAAAAUACAAUAAAUAUAAGUAAUUUACAUUGAUAACUGUCCAAUGUACUCUGUUAAGGUUAUUUAAUUAAUACACUGAAAAUAAUACUGUACAGGAGAACACUAUGUAAACGAUUACUUUACAUUAUAUAAAAGACUACAAUAAAUCUUAGAAAAUCUAAAAUAAUCCAUAAAUUUACUACAAAGAGUGUAUUCACAGAAAGUAUAUGCAAAACACCACACUGCGCCAAUAAGCAUCUCCCGUGGAGAUGGUAAAAGUUGGACAGUCAGACAGUCACUAGAUGGACUUCCUAGGUUCAGCUAAGCAAAGCUUGCAUGUCCAAUUUUCACCAUCUCCACAUCUCUAGAGGUGUUACUAGGCAGCUUGUACAGUAGUGAUGUCGCGAACAUGAAAUUUUCGGUUCGCGGACCGCGAAUGCGAACUUCCGCAAAUAUCCGCGAACCGCCAUAGACUUCAAUAGGCAGGCGAAUUUUAAAACCCACAGGGACUCUUUCUGGCGGGUGGGGGCCAUAAAGAUAAUGAGGGGGGGACCUACAGUACUCCCCCUCUUCGGCACCCACCCCUGUGCGGCGGGUGGGGGCCCUAAAAAUAACAAUAAGGGGGGGGACCUACUGUCCCCCACCCCUGAGCGGUGGGUGGGGGCCCUAUUGUCCCCUCCCUGUCCCCCACCCCUGAGCGAUUUCAAGCCAUCCAAUCACAGUGCUCCGUGUCAUUUUACACAGCGUGGGAAAGUUCUUUGGAAUUUUCCCACGCUGUGUAAAUUACAAAGAGCACUCUGAUUGGCUUAAACCCACCAAUCAGAGUGUUCUUAGCCUAAUUGCAGGGCGGGGCAAGGCUUUAUAAGCCUUCCCCACCCUGCGGAGCUCAGUCUGCGCGGAGCCCUCCAUGGGUGAAGAUGGAUUAUUUUUUCGCUCUGGUUUUUCUUUUUCAUCUGGUUUUUUUUGCCCUCAGGAUUUUUUUUUAGUUCGACGGUUAUGAUGGUUUAUUUGGCCUUUUUUGGGGCUGAAAAAUGAAGAUUUGAGAAAAAAAGAAGUUGAAUGGUAAGUUUUUAAUUUUAUUUUACAGGUUAGUUAUUUUAGUAGGUCCCCCCCCUCAUUAUCAAUAUGGCUCGCACCCGCCUCGCAGGGGUGGGGGCAUAGGUCCCCUCAUUAUCAAUAUGGCCCCCCAUUAUCAAUAUGGCCCUCAUUAUCAAUAGGUUGUUCAUUUUAGGGGACAAUAGGUCCCUCCCUAUUAGUAUUUAGGACCACCGGGGACUACUUUUUUAACAGUGAGCAGCCACGGGCAACUAUAGCCCAAUCAAAACUUUCCUGCUUUUUACGAAAAUCAUCAACAGAAAGAGGAGAGCGCUCAUAGGGGAAAAAGAGGACGAGGUAAACACCCCAUCCAAAAUGAGGUUUGUUUAACCAAGGGCAUUUUUAAUCUUUCCUCAUAUACAUUGAAACCAGGUGAAAUAUCUUUAUUAAAUAAAGGAUUGAAAUUUGCAUCUGAUAAGAAACCCAAUAUGUUUGAGCUCUGUGACUAGAUCGUUCAAUAUAAAGGAUACUAAUGGCAACGAGGAUUGCCCGGAGUUAUUCAUUAACCCACAGUACAAAAUUUUUUUUCAUAAUCUUCUUUACCUCCUAGAUAAACAAGACAAAAAAUUCAAAGUAGAUGCGUAUGAUAUAGUAAAUGCCAAUAUCUCUUCAGGCGUAAAACCACCAUCUACAUAUUACCCACAAGCAGAUAAAGAGCAUUAUAUACAAACCUUUUAUGAGUUGGUCCUGAGAGAUUUGAGAAUUCUAUGUAAUAAUCUGGAGAAGACUAAAGGAUGUGGAACCAAUAAUCUGAACCAUAAAGAACUAGAGGCAAUUAACAGUCUAAAGAAUAAUAAUGAUUUAGUCAUCAAAGUGGCGGACAAAGGAGGUGGAAUCAUAAUACUUAAUAAAGAAGAUUACUUGAAGGAGGCGUUGAAUAUUCUGGGGAAUGUGGAGUAUUAUCAG